AUGCUCGCCAAAUCCAUCCUGGUCGCCACUUUGGCUGCGGCUGCGGUCAACGCCCACAUGAUCAUGGUCCAACCCGUCCCUUAUGGCAAGGAUACCAUCAACAACUCCCCUCUGGAGGCUAAGGGCGGGGACUUCCCUUGCAAGCUUCGUGACGGCACCUACGACAUCUCCACAGAAAACAUGAUGGAAGUCGGUGCUGUUCAACAGCUGCGUUUUGAGGGCAGCGCCACCCACGGUGGUGGCUCGUGCCAGAUCAGCUUGACUGAAGAUCGGGCACCGAGCAAGUCAACUACUUGGAAGGUCAUCAAGUCCAUCGAGGGAGGCUGCCCUGCCAACGUUGCCGGAAAUAUGGGAGACAAUGCCAGUGCUGAGGACCCCUACCACUUCAACUUCACGAUUCCUGACGGUAUCACUGCCGGCAAGUACACUCUCGCUUGGACGUGGUUCAACCGCAUCGGUAACCGCGAGAUGUACAUGAACUGCGCUCCUGUCACUGUUACGCAGGGCUCUUCCAAGCGAUCAGUGGCGGCCCCUGCCAUCGAUAAGCGUUCCUCCAGCUUCCCUCCUAUGUUUGUUGCCAACAUCAAUGGUUGCACUACCACGGAGGGUAUCGAUAUUCGCUUCCCCCAGCCUGGUGAUGUCGUUGAGUACGACGGGACCCCUACCAAUCUCGCCCCUGCGGGUGAUGCUGCUUGCUCCGGUACUCCCACAUUCGGCGGUUCUGGCGACACUGGCUCUGGCUCAAGCUCUGGCUCAAGAUCUGGCUCUAGCUCUAGUUCUGACACCGGGUCCUCGUCUACCGCCGCGGGCAGUGCUCCUACUGAGACUUCAUCCCAAGCUGGUGCUGCCGCCCCAACCUCCACCGCUGCCCCGGUUGAAACCAGCGCCCCCAGCGCUCCUCAGCCUGUUGCCUCAUCCAGUGCCCCGGAAUCUCCUUCCUCCAGCUCUUCCAGCUCUUCCAGCUCUGGUACUCUAACUGGUUCUUGCAGCCCCGAGGGUGCCUGGAACUGCAUUGCCGGUAGCUCCUUUCAGCGUUGCGCGAAUGGCCAAUGGUCCGUCUCUCAGCAGAUGGCCGCGGGAACUGAAUGCACUGCUGGUCAGAGCUCAGAUCUGUCGGUUUCUGCCAUCAAAGCUGCUCGCGAGAUCUCCGCAAUGCGCUUCCGCAAGCGGGUAGUUGGCGACUUGCGCCAUGCUUAG